AUGCAGCCAUUUGCAGCUCGCUACUCGCUGCACGUGAACGACGUUUGCGCGUCGAGGCGGCAGUCGUUCGCUGGUCGCAUCAGCCACCGUGUCGCCUCCCGUCUCUCGUUUGUCGGUACUCCUGUGGAGACGCGCUUUGGCACCGUCACAGGCACCAUCAUCAACACCCUAUGCAGCGUUAUUGGCGCUGGCGUGCUGUCGCUGCCGCUGGCGCUUUACUUCUCUUCCAUUGUAGUGGGGCUCAUGAUCCUACUUUUGUUCUCAGCCUCCGCGGCAUUCAGCGUGUACUGCCUCGUCGUGGGUUGCGAUGCUACCGGACGCUACUCCCUACCGGAGGUCAUGGCGUUUACCCUCUACCCACCACAGCUGUGGGAGGAAUACCUGUGCAGUCGAGGAGCCACCGAUCAGUCGUCACGAGAAGAAGAUGCACCGCGUCUGGCAAAGCACCAGUGCGACGCGGUAUGCGUUUCUUCUGGGAUUUUCAGCAGCAGGAGAAACAAAGAGAGUGGCGUAACGGGCUCACCACACACUGGGGCGACGGCAGGCACAGGUACAAGGCAGAGCAGAGGUCCAGGGGAGAACAUGGCGAACAAGGAAGGUGAGGGUGACACCUCUCAGUAUCGACACCACCCUCGGCGGCAAGACGACCAACCAUACUCAGGGACCUCAGAUUUGCACGGAAGCACGGAUCGUGAGUCCAACACCCCUUUCCCCAUCCCACCCAUGAGCACCUACGCCGGGCUGCGUGACGCAUACGCGCGAGAAGAGUGGCGUCGCCGACAUCGCCGCCGCCUCAUAACCACACUCAUGGAGCUCAUGGUGUUCUGCAGCAACUACGGGACCCUAGUGGUUUACUCAAAAGUUAUCGCCGAUUCGAUGCCCCCAGUUGUGUCCUACUUCACGCCCACGGACGGUGUGCUGGUGUCCAAAUACUUCUGGCUCAUUGCCGGUGGCAUCGUCUUUUUCGUGCUGAGCUGCGCACACAACAUGGAGGAGCUGAAGUGGUCCUCACUGCUAGGCUUCCUGUCCAUCUUCUACAUUGUUGUCCUUAUUCUCUACCGCUACCACACCCAGCAGCGGUACGACUAUCCACACGUCGACCCGCGCAGGUACGGCCAGGUGCGCUGGUUCCACUUCUCAUUCAGCGUGCUGCGGACGAUCUCGACGUUCGGGAUGGCGCUCAGUUACCACUACAACGUGCCUUACCUCUACAAGGAACUGCAGGACCGUCGUCCUAACCGCAUGAUGCAGUCCCUCUUGGUUGCCUUUCCCAUCAUUAUCGUCUGCUAUGCUGUCACGGGCAUCUUUGGCUACUUGACCUUCGGCGACCAGGUAGCAGCACCGAAGGUGGGUGGCAACAUUGUCUCCAACUAUCCAAAGGACGACCUCUUCAUGAACAUCGGUCGCCUUGGCCUCUUUGCCCACUUUGCAUGCGUAUUUCCAGUUCUGUCAAUCUGCACGCGUCGAGGAUUGCAUCGGCUCACCAUGAUUGCCUUGACGUGGACAGAUCAGUCGAUCUUGAUGAAGGAAGCUGCCAGAGCAUCUGGAGCACAGCUGACGGAGACAGAGCAAGACGCAGGAGGGAUCACUGCAAGAUUGUCUUCCGCGUCCGCGACGUUGGCCUCCGCGAACGACGACGACAGAGAGGACGACACUCACGUAUAUGGCCACGCGCCUGGCGAAACUUCCCCGCUGCUGCAGAGUCACGGCACUUCCACGCCCGGCUACGAAGUGUUUGCGAGGAGCUCUCCGCUCCACCUCGCCGCUCUUGAGCAACACAGCAACCCUGAAUUAGCGUCCUCUUCAAACACAAACACAGCUGCAGCUGGUGGGCUGUGGGACCACUUGCGCACAAGCGCCAAUAGCGCAGGGCAGCCGCAAGGCACACACCCCACGCCGGAGCUGCCGGGAACCGUCGACGUGGACCGCGACGUCGGAUCACCGGAUCAGACUACACUGCUCGCCAUCGUGGUAGAAGCUGCCUUCCUCGUCUGCACAUCGGUACUGAUCGCCGCGACAGUGUCGGGCAUUGACUUCGUGAUUCAACUGAUCGGAACACUGUUUAGUGUGUUUAAUGUGAUGGUUGCUCCUGGGAUGGUGGGGUGGUGCGUCUUCUCGCCGCGGGGCCCGUUUGGCUCCGCAUCAGCUGCCGCGGCCGCGUACAGAAACAACAGCAGAAGGUUGUCUGACGCUCCCCUAAGUGGCGUAUCCUCACGUUUCCGGCUGAUUCGACUAAAGCGGUUCAUGUGCCUUAUGAAUGCCGUAUGCGGACUGUGCAUGACGAGCAUCGGCAUUGCGAUGCUCGUGUACGACACAUUCUGA